AUGACAGAAGAAAAGAGACAAGUAAUAGAAAACUUGCAAAAGUCAGGACUUUCAGCUAUGGACUCAUAUCGAGCUAUGUGCAAUGAAGCUAAAGGUGAAGAAAACUUGGGACAUACAAAGAAAGACCAUCUGAAUUAUUUGACAAGAUUUAGAUUGAAUAAAGAAGGCAAGUUGAGAGCACUAUUUUGGAGAGACUCGAUGAUGAGAGAAGAUUAUAGUAUUUAUGGAGAUGUUGUAGUGUUUGACACUACAUAUAGGACAAAUAGAUACAAUUUGAUUUGUGCUCCUACUGUUGGAAUUAAUAACCAUUGGAAAAAUUGCAUGUUUGGGUGUGCUUUUAUUGGAGAUGAGAAAAUUGAAUCAUUUGUCUUUCCAGAGGUUAGACAUAGUUUAUGUAUAUGGCAUUUGGAACAAAAUGCUAUUACAAGAUUUGGAUCAAUGAAACGAGACAAGGAUUUUAAGAGAACAUUCUCCUACUGUUUGAAACGAUGUGUAACUGAAGUUGAGUUUGAAACUGUAUGGAGCUCACUGAUCUAG